AAGUUCCAGCGUGAGCUAAGCACCAAACGGGUGCUGAAUACAGUGAGUACAGGUGCUCAUGUGCUUCUUGGGAAGAUCCUACAAAACCACAUGUUGGACCUUCGAAUUAGCAACUCCAAGCUCUUCUGGCGGGCACUGGCCAUGCUGCAGCGGUUCUCUGGACAGUCCAAGGCUCGAUGCAUCGAGAGCCUCCUCCGAGUGAUCCACUUUCCCCAGCCACUGUCAGAUGAUAUUCGGGCUGCUCCCAUCUCCUGCCAUGUCCAGGUUGCACAUGAGAAGGAACAGGUGAUCCCCAUCGCCUUGCUGAGCCUCCUAUUCCGGUGCUCGAUUACUGAGGCUCAGGCACACCUGGCUGCAGCUCCUUCUGUCUGUGAGGCUGUCAGGAGUGCUCUUGCUGGGCCAGGUCAGAAGCGCACCGCGGACCCCCUGGAGAUCCUAGAGCCUGACG